GCGCACGUGCAGUCCAUUCGCUUCCGAGAAGAGCGUGCCGAGCACAGAGGGCCACGACUUUCACGUGCACGGUCAAACACCUUGUUUACAGGCAGCGGUCGACGUGUGUCAGGUCGGGUACCUAACUUGGUCAUUCUCUGCAGGAUGCUACUGUUUCUGAUGAUGAUGAUGAUGGUGGCAGUAGAGGCCUACCAGUACCACAAGGAAGUGUACGGAGAUUACGUACUGGAGAUGAAGGCGGACUGCCCCACUACACCAACUGGGAGUCUCCCCGUGCUCAUUCUGACCGACUUGAAUCUGCUUGUCCGCGCCUACUGCAAGGACAAUUACACCACACUCGUUCACAGUCGGGACGAAGUAAACUUCGACUUCGAUCCUCUUUUUAGGGGGAAUUCCAGAGAAGAAUGUGUCUUAAAUAAAAACACGGACUCGAACACGUACAUAUUACAUGUGGAUUUGGAAUACGGAGAACCAGAGUCCCGGGUCCGGCCAAUUGUUGAGCCUUACGUAAUCACUUGUGCUUACGACCCACACAGUACACGGACGUCCAACGAACAAGGUAUUGGACGCAGUUUGAUCGCACCCAAAGAGAUCCAGGCCAAUGAAGGUAAACACGGGGCCUCUCGCCUGAAGCUGCGGGUCGUCAACAUCAUGGGCAAAAGUACACCCAGGCAAAUGAAACGCGGCCACCUGGUGAGACUCGCAGCAAGUUCUGACGGAGCUGGCGGGGAGACAGGGCUGCGGGCGACUGCAUGUGACGCUGUGGGCAAUAACGGCGUACACUACGCUGUACUGAGAGCUGGUUGUGGAGAUGGCAUCGUCUUCAAACAGACAGAGGGUUUCACGACAAAGGGUUUAAAUGUCUAUAGUCCCUUUUUUCGUAUCUUCAAUCUGAAAAACAGCAUUUCUUUGAGAUUCGAAUGCAACUACACACUGUGCACAUCGAACUGCAAUGGGAGUUCAUGUGUCAACCAAGCCGCGCGGUCACAACGAUCCCCUGAUGGCAUGUAUGCUUCCGGUCACGUGAUCGCAGUGUCUGAUGUACUGGAGAUGCAGGAUGAAGGUCAGGUCGACCAACGUGAAUCCGGGGACGUGGACCGUGUUGGCGUGGACCGUGUUGGCGUGGACCGUGAAGACGUGGCCAAUGAUGACGUGGAUGUCAACUACCACUCUCUGAGAAAUACUGGACUGUCUCCCAACACGGCAUCAGACAACCCCUGGUGGCAGACCCCGGUAGUUAUCCUGACCAUGGCCAUCCUCCUCACCGUGCUGAUGGGCGGAAGUGCCUUGUUGAUGCACAGGCGCAGAAUGACUUCCGUUUCUCUGGCAUGAGUGGCGUGAAACCUCUGACGGUAAUCUGGUUCAGAGUCUAAAUAAACGGUUCGCAGUA